CCCGCCCCCGAACACACACGCAGCUGGUCUGAGGCCUCCCCUGCAGGCAGAGGAGCUGGGCUGUGGAAAGAUGGAGCAUGCGUGUGGCGGCUUCUCCGGGGAGGAGUUCCAGAAGGCCUGUGAGGAGCUCCAGCAGUUCGGGCGGGUAGGGAACGACUGGCAACUGCUGUUGGAGCACGAAGGCUUCAAAAUCUACAGGCGGCUGGACGAGCAGACUGGACUUUAUGAGUAUAAAGUCUUUGGUGUUCUGGACAAUUGCCCACCGGCUGUUCUUGCAGAUGUCUAUAUGGACUUAGACUACAGAAAACAGUGGGACCAGUUUGUUAAAGAACUCUAUGAAAAGGAAUGCAAUGGAAAAACCGUGGUCUACUGGCAAGUGAAGUACCCCUUUCCUAUGUCCAACAGAGAUUAUGUCUACAUCCGGCAGCGGCGAGACCUGGACAUGGACGGGCAGAAGAUCCACGUGGUCCUGGCCCAGAGCACCUCUGUGCCGCAGAUUCCUGAGAGGUCUGACGUGGUCCGGGUGAAUCAGUAUAAGCAGAGCCUAGCGAUCGAGAGUGAUGGCAAGAAGGGGAGCAAAGUUUUCAUGUAUUACUUCGAUAACCCGGGUGGCCAGAUUCCGUCCUGGCUCAUAAACUGGGUCGCCAAGAAUGGCGUUCCUAACUUCUUGAAGGACAUGGCGAAAGCCUGUCAGAACUACCUCAAGAAAACCUAAGAGGGGGGAUCGUGUGUCCAUGGAAUGAUGAUCUGGAAGUGCCACAGCCUGCUGAUGCUCGGCUUUCCUUUCACUUUUCCGUCUUCAGAGCCCUGCAAGCUAUCCAGCAUGUCGUCCCUGAGUGUGUUUGCCUGACGCCUGGCUUCCUUUCCCACUCCCCACCCUGGGACUAGCUGCCUUCUUCCACUGUUGAAUAUGGAUCAGAUUAGGGAAACUUGUGCUUGUUUAUCUUUAAAGAGGGAAGUCCUCAAUUGAGAACACAGUCAUUCCAUUGUGCCAUUUUAGGCAGAUGGGUGGGUGAGGAACCAUCCAAGAGCAACUGAUCCCAGAGAGCUGGCUCCUUCCCAGAAUGUGGCUUCUCGCAACCCAGGAGGGGCUGCUGGGAGCCCCAUCCCCUUCAGAGUGGAUUCUCCGUGCACCAGCACUGGAAGACAUGGGCUAAUGGCCAUUUCCCUUAUGCUUUGGUAUACUGACUUGGCUGAGGUUUGAGGUGAUAAUCCAGUGAGUCUCUCUGCCAUUCCUACUUGUGGAGGAUCAUGAGCUGUUUUGAUUUCAAACCAUUCUGAAAAAACACUGGAGGCCUAAGCACUUAAUGUGAUAACCAUUUCUUCUCAUCAUCCAUGUCUGGGUUUCUCUUUCCCACAUGCCACUGAGGAGAGGUUGCUCAUACUAACUCUGCACUUUAUUGGAAACUGAGGCAUCGUGAUGGCUCUGGCAGCUAGCAAAAGUCAAGAUGCUCUGCACACAGCCCUGUAAUAAAGUGUCUUUCUAGAUAAUAAAAUGUAUUCCCCUUCUAGAAUGUUUAGCAACACUGAAUGGAUAAUAGUUCACAGUCAGGGAAAUAUUAGUUAGUGGAUUAGUUGACUCUACACCUUUUUCUCAGGGAUUCUACCUAAGUUGCCUGCCUCUUCUACUACCAAAAGACUUCCAGUUUUCUGUUUUCUCCUGAAUUUUGGUAAGGCAAAAUAUUCUGUGGCUAAAAACACAGCCUUCAUGAUCUCAGGGAAAAAUUUUAACCACUGUGUGUGAUGGUACUGAACCUUGAUGAGAGGUCGUAGAAAUUCAGGAUGUAAAUCCAGAAGCAGAGGAUUUAUUAAAAUGGGCUAUGUCGGACUGUAUGUCUUCUCUUUGGGAAAAACAGAUUGAAUACCAAUAAAUACAGAAGAACUUAAA